GAGGGGCUGUCGCCUGGGUCUCUGCAACAAAAGAGGGUGAAGAUAGUUUUAAGAUCCCCCACCAACGCAUCUCCGCCAACGUUCACCCCUUUGGCUCUGAUCAAGAAGACCCGAAACCAGAGGCUUCGCCGCGCAGCACAGCACAUGCAACAAGGAUCGUGGCAGCAAGGUUCCCGUCCCCAGCGUGUGGAUCUCACGGCGCAGCCCACAGAACAGACCAUGGAGUUCCAGGCACCGGAACCUGGCUGUCAGCUGCCUUGGCAGCCUGCGGCAACCUGCCAGCCCGUGCUUAACGGAGAGGUGAAGAUGCCGACCACCUCGGCGGCGCCUGCGUGGGCUAGAGUUGGAGCCCUGUCGGAUUCUCCCAGUGCCCGAUUGCUGCGCCUGGAGCGGCGGAUGGCAGCCGCUGAGCAGAAGUGGGUGGGCUGUGAGCAACGAGUGGUGGAGAUGGGUAGCCAGCUGGAGAGCAAGCUGUCCGCGCUCGGAACCCUGUUUGAGGAGAACAGUCUACUCCAGCAGAGGCUGGAAAACUUGGAGAACCUGCUGAAGAACCGCAACUUCUGGAUCUUGAGAUUUCCCCCGGGCGUUAAAGGAGAGAUCCCGAAGGUUCCGGUGACCUUCAACGACAUCUCGGUCUAUUUCAGCGAGCAGGAGUGGCGGAACCUGGACGAGGGGCAGAAGGCGCUCUACGAGGCCGUCCUGAGAAGCAACUACGAGAUGCUGGUCUCACUGGACUAUGCCGUUUCCAAGCCCAGGAUCCUGUCCCAGAUGGAACGAGGAGAGGAGCUGUGCACGAAGGACCCAGAAGCCUUGGAGGGGAGGGAAACGUCUCCGGAUCCCAGCUGCAGAGGAUCCCCCGUGGCUGUCGUGGCUGCUUCUUCCUGGGGUAGAGAAGAGGUCAGGGAAGAGGCGGAGCGGCUUGCCCAUCGAGAGGCUUGCUGUGAAACGAACCGCGUCGACGGCCCCAGCCUGGGACUUCAGGUGGUCCAGCAUGAUGUGGGGCUCCAGGUGAAGCAAGAAGUGGAGGAGACACAGAUCAAGGCCGAGCCGUUGUCCCCCAGGAGCCCCGGCAGCGAGUCCUUCAUCCAGGUCUACAUUAAGGAAGAGGAAGAGCAGAGCAUCGAGGCUCAGCAGGAUCUAGUGUCACUUGCUGCACAUCAAAGGCUGCAGGAGGAAGAGGAGGAGGAGGAGGAGCAGAAGCCUCGGCCUCCCCCGGGCUACUACGAGGGGCCCCUUCCGCAGAACGCCCUGGAGGACGCUGAGCAGAAAGAGGCUUUCGCGAGAGGCUGCCUGGUCCAGUGCGGCAUGUGCAGCUUCAUCCACCAGGAGACCUUGGCCGACCACCAGUACAGCCGCAAGCGGAAAUUCCAGUGCACCGAAUGCAACCGCAGUUUCGCCUUCCAGGGACAACUCUCCCAGCACUUGCUCAUCCACACGCCCGGGACGCAGUUCCACUGUGCCGAGUGUAACUUGUGCUUCUCCAGCCAGAAGGCGCUCAGCGUGCACGAGCGCAUCCACGCGGUGGACUGGCCGCUGCACUGCUCCGCCUGCAACCGGAGCUUCACGGACACGGCGGCCUUCGAGCGGCACCAGCAGUCGCACGCCCCGGGCCAGGUCCGCCGCUGCCUGGAGUGCAACGUUUACUUCACCGACCCGGCGGCUCUCGCGGAGCACAAGCGGAUGCACUCCCAGGACUGGCCCUUCCGGUGCGCCCAGUGCGACCGCACCUUCGUGCACCAGGGGCUGCUGAUGGAGCACCUGCAGAACCACAGCCGGACCCGGAGCCGCCGGUGCCAUAUCUGCGGCUCGUGGCUUUCCUACAAGGGGGUUCUGAAGCACAACGGGGCCCAGCUGUACCACUGCAAGAAGUGUAACACGGCUUGCCAAAUUCAGGGGGCGCAUGGGACCCAGAGGGUGAACUCCGAGGAUGCAAGCAAGCUAGGUGAGAGCAGUUCGUAGACCUCCUUGGCUCCUGAAAAUGCACCCCUCCCCAAGUGGCAAGAUCAGAUGGGGACGCCGUGACCCUUGCAGGAGCCUCUCCUUUGGCUUAGUGUGCAAUGCAGCAGUAGAGAAAGCUCUCGUGGGAUAGGAUAGGGGUUCCCUCUCUUCUAGGGGUUAAAGACUCUCUCUGGACUCUCACAGACUGGCACAUACUUCAUUGUGUCAAGAUGUGAAAAAAUGCACCCGGGCAGGGUGAGAAUCGGGUUGGGGUGUGCCUGUAGCAGAGAAAGGGGGGGGGGGGGUCUCUCCCGGCUCAGACAAAUCUCGAUGGCUUCAGCUAGGAAUUUGUGGGAUAACGCUGUGGGGCUCUCCCCUGUGCCCACAUUAGCAGUGGGGAGGUAGAAGAGGCCUCAUUCUGAUCUGCCAUGCCUUCCUCUCACUGGCCUAUUUCACCCAAAAGCCUAACUCUCAUGGUAUGGGUUGUUGAGUUGUGAUGGGUGAACACAGCCGCACGAACAAACCAGUUUGUUAACCACCAUCAAGUCAGAAAGAAAACCCUCUGUUUGUUGUUGGGUGGUGAACUCUGGGUUGUUUAAACCAUGGAUUGUCAUUACAUGUGAACCCCAAAUCAUUGGUUGUUUCACCAGGCUACGAAGGUGGUGGCCAAGAAUGGUCAAAAAAGCCAACCACCCUACUUGCCAGUACUACAGCGCCGGAAAUACAUUUGGGAUACAGGGAGGGGGUGGUCAAAGAAGGAGGAAAAUGAACACGGAUCAGGAAAAGAAAAUACAUUUCAUUUGAUUAGUCUGCCAGAAAAGCCCUGGGUAGGGCAACAAAUCAUGGGUGAAAUAAACCACGGGCUAGCGUUAUGCGUGAACCAGGCUUCUAUCUAUAACCCCAGCCUCCUUAUCCAUGUGGACCCAAUUUGAUUUUCUUUGCGAUGGGCCGGGUGAUUUUUCUUCUUUUCACCAUUGUCUUGACCAGGCUGUCAGUAUAGCUACUGCCUGAAUCAGGCUUGAGCAAGGCUCCCUUUUGGGGUCACCCGGAGAAAUAGCCACAGCUUGGGUU